AUGGAUAUACCCCAUUUCGGGCCAAACGCUCGUAUCUGCCUGAAAGUACAAGCCCGUGCCGUCGUGCAUCUUGCAGACGACACAGCCUCCAAAUCGUCCUCUGCUGCGAAGGUGAUCGUCGAAACCCUUCUUAUUUCGGCGGGUAAUAUCAAGGUGGUCGGCGAGAUCUUUUAUCGCCAGGCUGUGGUGACGCUCAUGUCCAGGUUCGGAGGGACCUUCGAACUCAUGUCUCCCAAUUCGCAAGGGAAUUGCCAGCCAAUGCACGAAGUCCUUGUGCUGCGUAAUAAAAUUAAAAUGGGGCGCAACCUGAAGGAACAGCGGGCCAUGCCCUCAAGAUAUCCAUAUUGUACUCAGCGUGAACUUGUGAUGCUAUCGCAGAAAUGUCCUAACAUCCUCCAUUCCCCCAAGGAUGCGCUCGUGCAUCCAGGUAUUGAUGCAGUCAUGUUCGACACCAGCACCUCUACAGUGUGGCUUAUGCAGGUGACCCAUGAAUCCUCACGCUCAGUCUCUCCGGAGGGCCUGCUGUUCCUACUGAAUGCUCUACGAGGCGCCGCUUACGAGCCAUAUCCUGUGCACCCCUGGCAGUUUGUCUUCGCCACGCGUGGGCAGACCACCAGGAAUCCCUUCCAGCUAGGUGGGGAGAGAGAAACACAGUAUUUCUCCACCUUGUUCUGGGAGUCACGCAUCAAGCCGUAUGUCCUACAGCUUCACGAUAAGGUCCCCAACUUGUUCUCAAGCGACCCGUAUGAGCCGUGGGGCUUCCACUGUAAGAAAAAGUCACGAUCGCUCAGCCUGCGGCACUUUGCCAACUCACUGGUGCGCCUCGUGCAAAGACCUCGGCGUACAACCGAAUCUAAAGGUGAGGAACGGGAUCAGUUGAUCGCGGGAAGCUUGGGUGCGAGUAUACGGACGUCCGUGGUGCCAGGAGCUCAGUUGCUUGCAGAUAUGACGAUUAAGCAGUCGGUUGUGCCAGCUGGGGCUUAG